GUAAAACCUGAUUCUGAGGAAUCAUUUGAAAUCUUCAAGUUCAGAUUUCAUAGAAAUCCUCAAUGGACAAUGGAACUUACUGAUGCAGAGAAAAAGGCCCUCUUUGACAGUCAUGUUGAUGAAAUUAACCCACAUAUGCUGGAUGAAACUGAA